AUGAAGUUCUUUGCUGUUUGCGCCUUUCUUCUGAUCGCCCUGGCUGCUGUCCAGGCAACUCCUGGCCAACUUGGUGGACAUGGUGGUGGCGGUUCUCGUGGUGGACCAGUCGGACAUGGUGGAUCAGGGGGUCAUGGUGGUCCCGUAGGACAUGGUGGCUCAGUUGGCCACGGUGGACCCGUCGGACAUGGUGGACUUGGCGGUGGACAUGGCGGUGGUCAUGGCGGACACAGUGGCUAA